GUUCAUACGACAACCCUCGCUGCACCAGACUCGUUUGCAACAGACUCUCUCGAAUUGUCGCUCCUUUACUACAGCGGCGUGCUUUGUGCCAUCUCACUGGCUCUCGCUGCUUGCCGUAUUACGCUCCACUGCAGUCACUUCAGCGCGCUUAGUGCUCGCGCCUCGACACCUGGUGCCCGCCUCGGACGGCGCGUCUUUCUGCCAUCCUGUCUUCUACAAUCAGAAAAUGGCACGCUGAGAGCCAUCUGCUGCCUCGCAGACACUUAUAUCCUCAGAACUGCGAAAAUUCCUAUUCACACAAUGUCAAAAGCAUCAUCUUCUGCCCUCUCCACAUCGCUCGGCAAGCCUCUAUCGUCCGAAACAAAAGUGGCUGAGUCCUACUGGCUGCGGAGGCAGAUGUCGAGACAUGCUGAACAGUCGGAUAGUGAGGACACCACUAGCAGCAGCGACCGGACUAACCACACUACACCACAUCUGUCACCGAAAUCCCGCUCUUUAUCGGAUGCCGCGAAACAUGGCCUCUUACAAACAUCUUCACUUCGCGACUUGCUUCAUUCGACUAAAGACGAUAUAGGCAUUACCAGCAGCCCGACGACCCCUCAAAAACCUCACGUCCUCCAGCCUUCCAUACAUGGCCUGUCCCUCCAGGUGCCCCGACAAACUGUGGCCACUCCAGGUGCAUCCACCAACGCCGCCAACCGUACCCCUCUUUCCCCCAAACUCGAUCCAGCGCAAACAUACGGAUCUCCUGUAUCGGCAAUUCCCCGUCGCUCUCGCGGCUUGGACUUUUCUCGCGCCUGUACGAAUUUACACCACUCUACGCUCGCCGAGUCAUCCCCAGAAUCAUCUCCCAACGUCGGUGGCCGUGGCAUAAAUAUUCCGCAGCGACGGGGAGGCUCCUCAUUUGGGUUUGGGUCGCCUGGUAUGGGCUUCUCACAACAAGUGGGCAGUGUGCCAGGCGAUCGAACCGCGAUGUCCAGUUCGGUGUCUAGCGUCAACAUGAUGGAGUCAGAUACUAGCAGCAGCGAAGACGAUGACGACGAGUCGAUGAACCCUGAUCGUGACGAUAUGAUGAUUACAGCAACGCCGCAGGCAAGCAAGAUAGGCGGAGGACUUGCAAAUCCUUUUGGUGCGCCAGCUCCUAGCCCGGGGAAUGAAUGGAUGGGAGCGUAUUCUCCUGCCGCCGCUAGCCUACUCAGUUUUCAGCGGGCACGAUUCCGCAAGACUCGUAACAGUCGUCAGAGUUCUAGCAGUGCCAGCGGGAAUAGUUCAAAGCCCAGCCCAGCACCCCUGUCGCCACCUGUGUUGAAGAGCAUCGAAGCUUCCAAUGGAGGCUACUUUUCCCGCGAAAUGUCCAAAGCCACGGUUCAGUCACGCCGGGAAAGCUUGAGCUUGGGAACUAGGGACCUGCAUUUGUCAGAUUUGAGUGACGAUGGAGAUAGUAGAGCGAUAAGAGGUGAUAGCCCUGCUGAUGCAGGCCCACGUGGAGUGAUCCGUCGAGCUGUCACCAGACGAGGAAAUUUACUGCCCAAACCGAAGACAUUUGCUCGUGUCCGCGCCGCCUUGCUUGAAGAAAGCGCUCCUCUAGACAGUGAAGCUAAGCGAGAAGCUGAGGUCAUCCGGCAGGUUCGCGAGAGUGAUGAUACUAUUGAAGCGAAAAGUCCUACUUUUCCUUUAGACAAGCUUGAGGAGCUUACAUCUACCGCCUCUGUUUCUGAAGAGACUGCUCCAUCGACUUCUGAAAACAGCUUUUCGAACCAAGCCUCUCUGAAUUCUGGAGGCGCGAAGUACUGGGAAAAGUUCGAUGGGCGCUACCGCACACCGCCACCCCCAGGCCGUAUGUCAACACAGUCUUCGGCUAUAAGUGAAGACGCUUCGAUGGACACUCCUCAAUCAAUCAUUGGGAAAGAUAACUGGCGUCGUUCUCCGGUCCCGCAGGUCAUCAACCCUCCGCUCGCAAGCGAAUUUCAUCGCAAGCGUCGGCGUGACGAUGACUUGGAUCCGGAGUCAUUCAAACGUCGAGCUGUUUCUCCUGGCAUGAGUGUGCAGAGCAGCCCCGUCUUGACAAACUCUCCCAUCGUCAAAGAUGGCAAUGCGUGGAUCGUUCCUCCGAAAUCGUCAGCUGCACUCUUCACUGAGACCAGCAGUUCCAGCACCCCCAGCAACGGUGUAAAGCGCGUGGGCUUACAAGGGAUGACCGAAACCAAUGACGGAUUAAUGAAUAUGAGCAUUGAGUGAGCAAUGUCUGCUUUGGCUGUGUGGCCCUCUAAUUUGAAUUUGAACAAACUCUUGUUAGCGUAUAACGAUUUAGCAUUCUGGGCCUGGGAUCAGGUGCAUAUGGCGUUGCUUGACUAUUCUUAUUAAUGAGAUUUAAUUAUAUUAGUAUUUAUUUAGGGACAAUACAUAUUAUAGUUAAUUAUUUG